AAAUGAGUGAAACUGCGUGACCAACCAAGCUCCUAAAAUAUAUCAGGCAUGGCUUCGAAAUUCAGGUACAAUCAGGAUGAAGACCGUGAUAAAAUAAUACCUACACCAAGACGUCAAAAAACGUUAAAAUACUUCUCCAAAAUCUGUGGAAAUACUCUGAAUAGUCAUGAAGGUUUCAAGAGACAACUCCAUGAGAAAAUACAGUACCUGACUGAGGUCUCCUCAAUGGAGGAGUGUGAUUUCAUUCUGGCUUUCUGUCCAGUUGUCUCACGGGCUGGAACAGACAUUGAAGCAGCACUUGGAAGGAUUCCAGAUUCCAAGCCUGCAAUAUUAGUGGUGCUCCACCACACUUCAAAUCCAGAGGCCAUUGUACCAGACAGUAACAGAUGUGUGGGAAAAGAAACUUUACUCACUGUUGUUGACUGUCUGUUCUAUGAGGAUUACGGUUUACUCACAUGUGAAAAGAACACUGAAGCAGUCCAUCUUUGUGUACUCCAGCUGUGUGAAGAAUACAACAUCACCUCCACAGAACAGGUGAAAAGGGAACAAACGAGUACAUAUGGGAUUCAGAGACAUCAGCAAGACACAAAACGGUGGUUUUUGUUUGUGGCAUUCGUGAUCAUUGUUUUAGCGCUUGUAUGUUUUCUUGGAUGGUUCAUAUAUAAACGGUUACAUUAACUGUUCACACUGGAAAGACUGUAUCGGCACCUUGGUUGAAAUCUCACAGAUGAUUCAGGAUUAGACAAAUUGCUCGUCAGACAUGGGCCAUGUCUUCAUGUGAAGGAACACACUCAUCCCUCCUCACAUCUCUGCAGAUCCGUCACUCCAUCUAUUCAACAGUAGCUCGAUUAAGCAGUUCUAGUUAGAAGG